CACUGAUCCUCUUUCGCCAUGCCGGCCAAGGGUCUCUUUGGAAGCCUCAAGGGCUUGGAUGCCUUCGGCAAGACCAUGGAAGAUGUAAAGGUCAAGACCCGCACGGGCGCUUUCUUGACCUUUCUCUCCGCCGCCAUCAUCCUCACCUUCACUAUGAUUGAAUUCGUGGACUACCGACGUGUCAAUAUGGACACCUCCAUCGUUGUAGACAAAUCGCGGGGCGAGAAGCUCACCGUACGCAUGAACGUAACGUUCCCUAGGGUCCCUUGUUACUUGCUCAGUCUGGAUGUCAUGGACAUCAGCGGCGAGCAACAACGUGACAUAUCACACAACAUCCUGAAGACUCGUCUCGACAGCACUGGCAAGCUCAUUCCCGGCUCGCAGCGCUCCGAAUUAGAGAGCGAAUUCGACCGCCAGAACAAACCGAUGCCCGACGGCUACUGUGGCUCAUGUUACGGCGCUGAACCAUCAGAAGGCGCCUGCUGUAAUUCGUGUGACGCCGUACGCCAAGCCUACGUAAACCGGGGAUGGAGUUUCGGAAAUCCGGACAGCAUUGAGCAGUGCGUGAAGGAGAACUGGUCAGAAAAGCUGAAGGACCAAGCGAGCGAAGGCUGCAACAUCGCCGGCCGUGUACGCGUUAACAAGGUCAUCGGCAACAUCCACCUAUCGCCGGGCCGCUCGUUCCAGAGCCAAGGACGCUCGAUGUACGAGCUCGUGCCCUACCUCCGCGAGGACGGCAACCGGCACGACUUCUCGCACACGAUCCAUGAGUUCGCGUUCGAGGGCGACGACGAGUACCUCCCGGACAAGUAUAAGGUCAGCAAGGAGAUGCGGGCCAAGAUGGGGCUCGAGGCCGGCCCACUCGACGGCGCCGUUGGGCGGACGAUCAAGGCGCAAUACAUGUUCCAGUACUUCCUCAAGGUCGUCUCGACGCAGUUCCGUACCCUCGACGGACAAACUGUGAACUCGCACCAAUAUAGCGCCACACACUUCGAGCGCGAUCUCGACAAAGGCUCGGAAGACAACACCGCCGAGGGCGUCCACAUAUCGCACACCACCUACGGCGUCCCCGGCGCCUUCUUCAACUUCGAGAUCUCUCCGAUCCUCAUCGUCCACAGCGAGACCCGACAGUCUUUCGCGCACUUCCUCACAUCAACAUGCGCGAUCGUUGGAGGUGUCUUGACCAUCGCGUCCAUCGUUGACAGCGUGCUGUUCGCUACCACCAAGGCGUUGAAGAAGGGCGCAUCGGGAUCCGCCGCGAGCGGCAAGCUCAUGUAACCCCCAUUUGCAUCUGCGAUAUACAUUCACGUGUACACU